GGCAGCUUUUAUGUCCCGUCUGAAAACUGCAUGCAACAUGCAUACAAAUGGCAUAAGGACCUCUGUCUUCUGCUCUUGAAUGCUCAAAGAGGACUUCACGUGUACUACACCCUCAUAAUGAAGGAGAUUCCUGAUUUACCACAGCUGAAGUUGGAGGAGCUAUCUGUGGAAGAGUCGUUAUCUCAGCUUUGUACGGAGCUGCAGCUGCUGAGCAAUCCAGAGAAGAUAGCAGAACAGAUAAGUAAGGACCUCGCCUGGCUUUGCUCCCACCUCUUGGCCCUGUGGACCCAGUUCCUGGAGGUGGCAACGCUCCAUCCAGAGGUCACAGCUUAUCUGACUCAGGAACAUCACAUGCUAAGGGUGAGAAGAUUCUCAGAAGCUUUCUUCUACACUGAGCACCAGAAACUCGCUGUGCUCACGUUCCAGGAAGGCCUGAUCCAAAGUCAUGGACAGAUUUCUACAGAAAUUCGUAAUUCGGAGUACUUCACCAGCAUGCCCCCACUUCCGGCAGAAUGCCUCGACAUAGAUGGGGACUGGAACACGCUCCCAGUUAUCUUUGAAGAUAGGUACAUGGAUAUGCCUUGCAAAGACCAGAAUUUGGAAGUUUUCCCAGAUUUUGAGAUUCCUGCAAAUAGUCAAGUGGAUGUAAUAGUUGACAAUGAAGAUUUUGCAUCAAAUGAUGCCGCUGCAGUAAGGAAAGGAGACUUUGGGAAAGGCCCUCUGCUAAUACACACAGAUAGGAUAAAUGGGAAUCCCUCCUGCAUAUACAAUGGUACUGAAGGUGCUGCUUAUACAACUAAGGGUUUAAACCAGCACUCCACAUCUCAGGUAUGUACAGUGAACAAAGAAGGCCAAAGGAAACCUGAAAAUAUUUUUGUUCCAAGAAAGGAAACCACUUCUGCCUCAGAGCCAGGCAAUACAGAAUGCACAUCAGAAGACUUUAAAACACCCGAGGAAGUUUUGUUAAAAGACAAUAGAUUUGCAGCGGAUGUUAGCUAUGGAGAUACGAAACCUAGCAAUAAGGAUUCCCACAAAAGUGAGCCCGUGUUAAUUGUCAGUGCUCAGUAUGAGUGUGGAGCAUGUGGAACUGAUGGCUUGGAAGACAGGACUGAAAUACAUAAAAUAGAUGAAUCUAGUCAUCCCGAGAAUAAUUUCACUUCAUCUGAGCUUGCACUAAAUGAAUUAACCAAUCUUGAAAAAACAGGAGAUCCAGACACCAAGGCUCUGCUCCCUGUUUUAAAAGCUUUGCCCACACACGGCUUGGAAGUGAAAUUGUUCACAAAGGAGCAACGAAGUGAGGAGUGUGAGGAAUUUACCCUGAUGUCAGGGGUUAUAAAAAGAUCCUCCUCUAUAAUAUCCGAUUCAGGCAUUGAAAGCGAACCAAGUUCAGUGGCGUGGUCUGAUGCUCGUAGCCGGGCACGGGAGCUGCCCAGCGAUCGAGAGAUCCUGCACCACUUGGUACGAAGGCACGCCAUCCACCGAAAUUCCCUGGAGGGUGGCCACACAGAAAGCAAUACCAGCUUGCCCAGUGGGAUCCAAGCGUCACUCACAUCCAUCAGCUCUUUGCCCUUUGAGGAAGAGGAGAGGGAAGUGGAGCUUACCAAACUGACGAAAUCUGUCUCAGCUCCUCAGAUCAGUAGCCCAGAAGAGCCUGCAGAGGAGGUGGAUAUAACCAAACACAGCGAAGCAACCUCAGGAGAUUCAGGAGGAAACUUAAAAAGUUGCACGGAAGCAGAGGGUAGAGAUGGAAAAUUAAUUGUGGACUUUUCUGAGUGUCAAAUCAUCACUGAAAGUGGAGAACUAGAACCAAGAGGACAUCCCAAACCCUCCGUCAAACGCAGUAGCAGUAACACUGAGUUACAAGGGGAGGAGGAGAAGGAAGGUUUUCCAGAGACUUACCGUAGUUUGGAAAAUGCAAGACCACCCAUUUGUCCAAAGCAGCUCCGAGAUAAUGUCUCUGAGUGCCAGUCACUGGAGAGCAAUGAUGAGCAUAGCUUAAAAACACCAAGGGCUUGUAAUUACUUGGACAAAAAUAUAGAUAAGUUUGAUACAUGCAUUGAGGAUCCAAAGGAUAAACUUAAGCCGGACAGUUUAAAAAUACAACAAGGCUUUUACUCCACUAGCAGGAUUUCAGGAGAGGAGAGUUUCUCACAAAGCAUAAAGCUGGUACCAGAUUUUUGCUAUCCUGUUCCAGCUCCUUCAGAGACCUCAACUGAAUUUGGCUCAAUGCAAGGAGAGUGUGGUAGCUCUCUUGCUGAUGAGAGCCCAGCAGUGUAUGCAGAAAUGCAGGGGUUGCAAGAAAUUGAGCUCAAUGACUCACCUGCCUCAGCAGACCCUGCUGCAGGAUCCUACCAGGCUGAAUAUCCUCAGGAACCCAACAGCCAAGAGCAUAAACUUGUAGCUAAUGGCACUGGGUUUCAUUUGGCGACGACGGAGGGAGUAGCCCUGGAAAGCAGAAAGGCUGCUGAUGUAGUUAACCUGUCCGUCUCUUGCACAGCCACGUGUCUUCCCUUUUCUUCUGUGCUCAAAGAGACUCCUGCUAUGGUCGGCUUCUCUGCAAAGCAGGCUGCGUUCCCCAUCACACGCCAGCCUCUGGGCUCUUUCGGAGUUGUCUCUUCUAAUUCGAAUGAGAUGGAUGAAGAGACCAAUGAAAGGAUGUUGAAUUUUUAUCAGGCCAAAGAAAAAUUUAAAAAAGAAAUGAAGAUUGAAGGAUUUCUGUACAGUGACUUAUCUGUACUAGCUUCUGAUAUCCCAUAUUUUCCACCAGAGGAAGAGGAAGAAAAUCUGGAAGAUGGAAUUCACCUGGUUGUCUGUGUCCAUGGAUUGGAUGGUAACAGUGCAGAUCUGCGGCUGGUAAAGACUUUUAUAGAACUGGGACUCCCUGGUGGAAAACUGGACUUCCUAAUGUCUGAAAGAAAUCAGACUGAUACUUUUGCUGAUUUUGAUACAAUGACUGACCGAUUAUUGGAUGAAAUUAUUCAGCAUAUCCAGUUGUACAACCUCUCCAUAUCCCGAAUAAGUUUUAUUGGACAUUCCCUUGGUAAUGUCAUCAUUCGAUCUGUACUAACUCGCCCCAGGUUUCGCUAUUACCUCAACAAGUUACAUACCUUCCUGUCCCUUUCUGGGCCUCACCUGGGAACCCUAUACAACAACAGUACUUUGGUUAGUACAGGUCUAUGGCUCAUGCAGAAGUUGAAAAAGUCAGGGUCGCUUCUGCAAUUGACCUUCAGGGACAAUGCGGAUCUGCGCAAGUGUUUCCUCUAUCAGCUCAGCCAAAAAACGGGUCUUCAGUACUUUAAAAAUGUUGUGUUAGUGGCCUCACCCCAAGACAGAUAUGUACCCUUUCAUUCAGCAAGAAUAGAAAUGUGUAAAAAUGCACUUAAGGACAGACACACAGGUCCUGUUUAUGCAGAAAUGAUUAACAACCUGCUCCAGCCUUUGAUUGGGGCGAAGGACUGCACUUUGAUCAGACACAACGUGUUCCAUGCUCUGCCAAACACCGCCAACACAUUGAUAGGCCGGGCUGCCCACAUUGCCGUGCUGGACUCUGAACUUUUCCUGGAGAAGUUUUUCCUCGUGGCAGGACUCAACUACUUCAAAUAG